CCGCCAAGCCCUACCAAAGCCCCAUGUCCCCGGUGUCUGCCUACCCCACCAACACCGCCCCCUCACACCCGGCCAUCCGGCGCGUCAGCUUCGACCAAAACGUCCAAGAUGGCGGCGCCUACUCUCCGUCCACCAACUUCAGCCCCCGCCCUUACAAAUCCCCACCCCCCGCCACAAACUACACCUCCUACAACCCGCCCGACAACUACGGCGUCUCGGAUUUCGGCGGGCGCCCCCGUCCUGCAACCAGCCACCUACGCCCGGCAGGACUCCCGCUCCAACGAAGGCUACUCCGCGACAUCCUCCUACGCGCCCCCCGGGGGGCCCAUGAGCCCCAGGUCAGAAUCAGGGAGCUACGGGUACCCUGAUGUCCGAGGCGUAAGUUCCGGAUUGGAGAACAUGGGCCUAGAGUCCCCCCGGUCGUAUCAACCCCAGGUGUCUUCUGCCCCACCCCCACCGCCUCCACCACCUCCCCCAUCAGCACCUCCACCUCCUCCCGCCCCACCCCUCAACGAUUGGAACCCCACCCCUUAUAGACGUCAGAAUUAUCAGUCGAGCCAGGAUGAACCAGAGGAGCAGAAGAUCCCAGACCAACUCUUGAACACGAUGCUGCAGUCUGCUAAAGGCGGAGGGCCCAAACCUUUCUCGUACGGCAUUGAUCUCUCGGAGCUCAAGAAGAAAAUGGGACCUCCAACAGCGCCAAAGCCAAGAAAAGGACAGCCAAAUUAUAAUUCUGAUGACGGACAGGAAGUGGUGAGACCAGGCCCACCCAAAAAGCCAGCAGGACAGGUCCAGUCUGAUUAUUUCUUAAGUAGAAAUGAUGACGAUACACCCGGCAGCAGAGUACCCAGAAAACCCGCAGGUUACGUGCAGGGAGAUUACUUCCUGAACCGUGACGAGGGCCCCAGAUCUGAGGUCGACGAGUCAUCCAUCCGUGUCAAUAUGGGAACAGAUCCUAAGAAACAGUCCAAGUCUUUUAAAGUCUUGCAGUGGAUGACAGAGACAGAACAAGACGACCCUGAAGGCAAGCAGGCUGCAGUUGCUGCCAGUAAAGAGGUUGUACCAAAAACGAAAAGACCCAAAGACCCAGAAAGAAGGCACAACGCAGAUGACGAUGAAAUGCGGUUUACAGGGCUCCACACCAAGGCAGACAUACCAUCCAAGGCUUUUGGUUUACUGAAGAAAAUAUCCUCAGAGGAUAAUUCACCUCCCACACAGAACGGCAAGGACACUUUAGAUGUUGGAGAUACAGAAAAUGGCGUAGGAAAUUACGAUGAGACCUCAAUCCGAUACAAGGGCAAGAACAUUCCCUCCCCUUCAUUUAGAGUCCUACAAACAUGGGCAGAGCAUGAGCCUGAUGUCAGUUCAGCAGUGAAGUCGUCAGGGCCCAGACAUGAUGAAGACGAGGAAGACGGCCUGCCAGAGUCCCUCAACUCUGAGGACAUGGUUGAUAAGCGCUACAAGGGAGGCAACAUCCCCUCAAAGGUGUUUAAGCACCUGCAGAAGACGGUGGGGGAUGAUACCCCAGAGGUACCGGUGGCGAGCACAGGUGCCCCCCAGAACAACACAGCACCUGUCUCUGACUUUUAAAACACCUGUUUUAAAACAGCUAACCCCCCACAAAGGUUAACCUCCUGAAAGGAAUCAACCACUGGCUAAUUUAUUAUUUGUUCCACUCGGUGUCUUGAAAAACAAUAUCCAAACAAGUAGAGUUAUGUCCCCUGGACUGUCGAUAGAAAAAUCAACUAGAGUGUAUCAUAUGGUAUUUAUUUAUACAUUUUAAUAAUUUUUGCUAUAUGGACAACAUUGAUGGAUUUUUUGACUUAUAAAACAAAUGACCUCUGUGCUAAACAGCAAAGCCUACUGCUGAAGUUGUAGAAAUGAAUGUAAUUUAAAACAUUCAUGGAUUAACUUUCAUUUAGAAAUGUUUGUAAUUUCAAAUAUUCAUGGAUUAGCUUUCGUUAAGAAAUUUAUGUAAUUUCAACUAUUCAAGGAUUAACUUUUGUUACCAAAUUUAUAAAAUAUAUUCUAUUGAUGUUAUUUACAUCUAGAUGUGUGUAUUU